GGAGGCCGAAGAAACGAAGGGUCUGUCAAGGUCGCGCUCAUGGAGCUAAUAUACAGUAAUACAUCUGGAGAGGACAAGGGAAGGCCAGCAGAGGAUGCGAGGUGAAGUCCGGGUAUCGGCUUCCUACGCUGGAAGAAAAUGAAAAAGAGCCAAACUCGGCUCGCGCGGCCGAAAAAUCCUCCAAAAUAAACUCGCAACAGCUCCGAAACUAUCAAAACAAUCAAACAGAAAAUUUUACUGGAGUAUCUGUAAACAUUUUUCCCCACAUCGCUUUAAUAUUUUUUUUCGAAACAUGAAUACUUUCAUUUUUAAAAAUUAAAUACUUAUUUACUGCCAAAAAUUUUUGUCAAUACGCAGAGUAAAUUACAACAUCGAGGAAAAAUUUUUGUUUGCAAUUGAGGCGCUGGGUGCAAUAACAGCUUAAACCAACUUAAGUCGUUUUUCCGGCCAAUGCAUAUUUGCAAUCCUAGAUAUGUCCUUUAUGUGGCACAUAAAUAUUAGUUCGCUCCAGAAUAUACAGAUGGCAGGAGAAUGAAGAAUGUAGCGCUGCGCGCUAAGUCGUUCUUCCGGCGAAUGGCUAACACACCCGAGAAAACAACAUGUGUCUCGACCCAUUUUGUCGAACGCAGGCUCGUUAUUGGUAUAGGCCUAAUACCUUUAUUGUAAUACUGCUACGUAUGAGUUAAGGGUAUAUUUGUUUUGAAAAUUGGACGUUAUUAACAUGGAGACAAGUGAAAGUGAGAGUGAAAAUAUGGAAGUAAGUGUAAAAAUAAGAAACAAAGGAAAGAAGAGAUUGCUUCAAAGAGACUCUUGGCGACGUGUGGAAAAUAAAGUCAAACGAAACAGUGGAGCUACAAGGGUUGUUCUGGUAAGACAGUUCCUAAAAAUUUUUUCAAAUUUAUCAAUGAAUGCUGUAGGAAAAAGUGUUUUUCGUUAUUCCCAGAUGAACAGCAAGAAUGGUUGUUUAGUUCGUUUUGGAAACUAGGAGACAAAAUAGUUCAAGAUACUUAUCUUUAUGGUUGCAUUGAGAAAAAAGAAAUAAUGUUAAAGAAGAGUAAUCCCAUUGGAAAGAACAGAGGGUAUUCAUGGCGGUAUCACCUACAAAAUGGCAUUGAUAGGAAAGAUGUCUGCAAAGCUUUUGUUCUUAAAGUGCUACAGGUGUCCGAAUCACGAAUGAAAACUGUUCUACGUGCUUGUUCUUCAGGGAAUCCGGUAUUUAAGGAAAAUAGAGGAAAGCAUACUGAACAUCCAAACAAAUUAUCUCGUGAUGUGUGGACUAAAGUAGAAGAACAUUGGGCCAAAUUUCCAAGCAAGCAAUCACAUUAUAGCAGGGGCCACACAGAACGCAAGUAUUUUGAGAAUCCUGAUUUAAAUGUGAAGAAAAUGUUCAUUGCCUUCCAGCAAUACUAUUUUGAUAGUACAGGUAAGACACUUACUAUGAAAUACUCCACAUAUCACAGAUACUUCAGAGAAAAUAGUCCAUAUUGUUUUAAACAGCCAAGGACCGACGUGUGUGACUUUUGUACUGAAUCUAAAACUCUGUUGGAUAUUAAUCCGAAUGAUCCGCGUAAAACCACAUAUAGGUUACAUUUAGCCAAGGUUGAAAAAUACAAAACCUUAAAACAAGAGUACUUAGCAAAAGUAAAAGGCAAUACAAUGCAAGAUGACACAUUAGUAAUAGAGUUUGACUAUGGACAAAAUCUACCAAUCCCUAAACUUAAUGUUGCAUCCCAAUUCUACAAAAGGUUAUUGUGGUUGAAUGUGUUCAACGUUCACUGCCAUAAUGAUUCAGCCAGUACCUUUUAUUGUUUUCCAGAGUGUGACGCAAAGAAAAAUGCCAACUCAGUUUGUAGCUUUGUCUACCACUUCAACUGUGAAAAAAUGAAAUCUUACAAAAAUAUUAAGAAUAUAAUAUUUUUAUCGGAUGCUGCAGGAGGCCAGAAUAAAAAUAUUACUGUUUUGAGAUUUUGUUCUUGGUUGUCCCAAAUAACCAAAGUGAAAGUAACUCACAUGUUUCCUGUACGCGGACACUCGUAUUGCCAGUGCGAUCGGAAUUUUGGACUUUAUGGCACACUUUUAAAGAGACUGGAAAGUAUUGAAACAGUAGAGGAUUAUCUAACGAUCAUAAAGUCUGCUCGAAAUAGCCCGUCACCUUUUCAGGUUCUCAUGGCUGCUCAUCUUGUUGAAGACUGGUCGACAGCGUUAGAGCCUUUGUUUCACAAAGUUCCGAAAUCAAAACGUAGCAAAUUUUCAAUACAGAAAUAUGUGAUCCUUACCUUUCCUACUGCAGGGGCACUGGCAGUAUCGGCUUCCUACAAUGCUAUUUUUGAGCCGUUCAUUUUCUCAGUCGGUUUUGGUAUGAAGUCAAAAGAAGAGCUUUACCUCAAAAAACCGGCCCGCCCUGGUUUGAAGGAGUCCAAGAAAAAUGAUGUUCUUUCUCUCUUGAAAUUCUUGAAACCAGAAAAUGCUGAAAGCCUCAAAGGUCUACUAGAGUACACGACUGUGCCGGAAGAAGACAUAGGAAGUGAAAGUGAAAAAAGUGGUGAAAGUGAGAAUGAUGUUUGACAUUCAUCACUAAUAUAUAAGAACAGCUAGUUUAUAUGUUAUUUAGCUACGAUAUAUUUAAUCAGUGCAAAAACCCAAUCUCAAAAUUUUUUUUUGUUUUUAAUUCUAAAACCCAUAUAUUAUAUCAUUUGUAUGUUAUGGAUUUAUUACAUAAAAUAUUUAUGUAGAUGUUACAACUACGUUUAUGACCAUUUAAAUAUUAAAUGUUCUUAUUUUAAUUAAUUAUUAGCAAAAUGACACACACAUAAUGCAAGUAUUUAGUGUUAUAUGCAAUAAAGACUUAACUUACCUGUCUUUUAUUUAAUUAUAUUAAAUUAUUACUUAAAUUAAAAACUGCAAUUAUGCUGGAGGGAGAUAAGAUAUAAUACCUGGAAUGCCCACAAGAAUUUGGAUGGUUGUAAUGUUUGUUUGUUUCAUUCUACAAUGUUUCAAAUCUUUGAGCCUAUUUUACUCAAAACUAUUAUUUCUGACUUAAGCUGUUACUGCACCCAGCGCCUCAAUUAUAAGUGGGGGACACCAGCGUAUGAAAUAAGGAAGAAGCCUCAAAUUUUAUUUAUAUACCCCUUUUGACGCAUUCAACCCCAUACUUUUAUUUUUACAGAGAGUUGAAGUGGGAAUAAUGUUUCAGUGGGUAACACUACCGACAUAUGUCUUCGGAACGCACUUCUUUUUGUUAUUAUACAUCUCAAAAUUUAUAAUUUCAUACACAACGUUUAUAAAAACGAAUUCUUACUUACCUCAUUUAAUCUAUUACAAACCUCUUGUAAUAUACGUGUAUUAGUAGAAGAACCAACGUAACAUGCAAACCUUAGGUAAACACUGGUAGAGAAUUGUUUGGAAUAACUGUAAUGCUAUGCAUAUACUUACAAUGUACGAAACUUCCAAUUUUAUUAAUUGUUUGCAUAAGAACUAAUAAUUUUAAAAAAAUCAUAGAAUAGGCCUUUAUAGACUGAAAACCUUUCACGUAGUUUCAAGUCGCGUACAUAAAAGUUUUUUAAUAUAUAUAAUUACCAAAUAUUGUUGAAUAUAUUUAACAUUUUUAUACAUGUUACAACACACAUAUAAUAACAAAGCUAUAUCUAUAUAUAUAAAAAUUUAGCUUCCGUAUGUAUUUGGCCGCAAAACUCGGAAAGUAUACGAUGGUUUGGAUUGAAAUUUUUACAGAACAUUGCAUCUUAACAGAAGAGUGUUUAUAUGAAAUAAAAGUUUGGGAAAAUCCACCGGAAAAGUCGGAAAAAAAAGUUUCUAUAACUAAAUAUCACGGUCACCCAACUUAGUUGUGACCACGCUCGACGAUGCUGUACCAUAUUGUCGAAGUUCAAGCACAUCAGGCUACUCGACCAUUGUGCCUUGACGACUGUAAUUUACACAAAUAUGUAUAUAUAUAUAUUUCAAGAAAGAAUAAAAAACUUUAUUUAAUUUGAAAGUAUAUUCUUUCGACUCUAUUGAUAAAAAUACGUUUAAAUUAAAAAAUAUUCUAAUUUUUGGAGCACAGUAAAAAAAAUGCAUUUAACCACGAAUAUGCGAGUUAAACUUCAGAACGAUCCAACAGCAGUCAUAUUUUCAAGACAAUUAAUUGAAGUUGGUAACGGCACUGUACCUACAAAUCCAGAAACAGGAAAAAUCAGCUUAUCAUCUGAUUUAUGCAACAUCGUAGAUUCAAAAGAGGAAUUAGUAGACAAGGUAUUCCAAAACAUCGAAACAAAAUUCAAAAAUCAUGCAUGGUUGAGCGAAAGAGCCAUUCUAGCGGCUAAAAAUGUUGACGUACACGAUAUGAACAAUAGUAUUAUAAACAGAAUCGAAGGUGAAACAAUGACAUACAAAUCUAUUGAUUCAGUAGUGCACCAAAAUGAAGCAGUGAACUUUCCAACGGAAUUUCUCAAUUCACUCGAUGUUCCAGGAUUACCACCACAUAUUUUGAAUUUGAAAAUUGGUGUGCCAAUUAUAUUGCUUCGAAAUAUCUGUCAGCCUAAAUUAUGUAAUGGUACACGAUUAGUAGUUAAAAAAUUAAUGGAUAAUCUUAUUGAAGCAACAAUUUUGAUUGGACUUCAUAAAGGUGAUGACGUAUUACUUCCACGAAUGCCACUUAUUCCGACAGAUAUGGCGUUCGAGUUCAAACGACUUCAAUUUCCAAUACGCCUUGCGUUCGCAAUGACCAUCAAUAAAGCACAAGGACAAUCUUUGCAAGUGUGCGGUUUGAAUUUAGAAAAUGAAUGCUUCUCUCAUGGACAGUUAUAUGUCGGGUGCUCCAGAGUCGGUAAACCAUCUGAUCUAUAUGUUUAUGCAAAAAAUGGGAAAACAAGGAAUGUAGUCCUUCCAUUAGCUUUACAAUAAAAAUAUUUAAGCUAAACACAUUUUUAUUUCUUCUAUUACAUUCCACAGCCGUGCACAGUAAAAUAUUAAAUUAAACAAUGAAUUAAUAUUAAACUGUGCCACAGCAAAGCGUGGCCGGGUUUAGCUAGUAGUAUAUAAAAAGACAAACGCCAAAUUUUAGCAUUUUGUAUUUCUUUUCUCUGUGUGAAUAAAAUAACAGUUCUUAACGUAGUUGCUAAUACUGUACUAUAUUUCUAAAAAAAAAUUACGAAAACCCCUGACAUCGUCACCAUAACAAUGAUAAAUUUGCAAAAUAGUUAAGGCACAUUUUUUAAUGCUACGAAGCACACUCUUAAGAGAAAUGUUUUAAACUUAUGUUGGGAUGUAACUAAUAUCUUAAAAGCAUUCUGAAACCGUUACUUUGAGGGAAACCUUAAUAUACCGAACACCAUACCAUCCUUUAAUCGAGUACGAUUUUCGCUUCUUAAGACCCAUUUGUCUUCAAAAUGCACUGUACUGUGUAAGUAAUAAAUCAGUCUUAAAAUCAGUUAAUUAUUUUAUCUUCCUAUUUCGUAUUCUAAUUGAAAUAAAUAUCAGAUAAGCAUGUGUUACUUGUAUCACGACAUCAAGGUAUUAUUUAUCAGUAAUUAAUAUUUCAUUUUAUUUUUUUGUUAACUAAUGUGCAUAGGGCAGUGCACUAGACAUCACUACCUGUGUGUAGUGUUGCUUUACACUUUUUAACGCAUUAGAGUUUACAUAAAAUGAUAAAUCCAAAAUUUCGUUUAAAAGUAUAAAUAUCAGCGAUCAAUUUAAUUAAUGUCCAGUAUAACUCAGUCAGUAAAACAUUCGGAAAUAUGUAUAGGACCUGUUAACCUAAAUAUUUGUUAACAGUUAAACUGAACUAAGAUGUGUUAGAGUGGUUUUUUCUCUGUCCGUAUAUUAGAGGUAUGGAACAUCAAAAUACGCAUCUGUCGCCCAUUUACUUUAAAUACAGGAAUUUAAACUACAUAUUGUGAAAACAUUCUGCAGCAGUUUUUGCUGAACGGAAAAACACGGAUGAGAAGACAGACGAAAUGUGUUUGGUAAGUGAUUUUUCGUCAAAUGAAAUGGAACAGGACAGUGCUUAUCAGAAUGAAACUACAGAACUACUUUUGUGCAAGGAAAUGUAUUUUACAAAGACAUUUCAAGAGAAAUCACCUUUAAAUGAAAUAGAUCUUGCUGACAUGGAAGAAAUAGACUUAGAUUUAGAGGCCAGGCCCCUUUCAAGUGACGAAAUUUCUCUUGAAGGGCUGAAAUAUGUUUCUGGCUAUAUAGCUCACCGUUUCAGAAAUAAAUAUCCUGACCUUGGCACUACGGAUUUCAAUUCGGAGGACGAUAGCUGGAUACAUGUACAAUCAAAGGGUAACUUAAAAUGUCCCACUAAUGAAUUUUUGGAAUUAAUAAAGAUCGCUGAAAUGUGUUUUGAUAAUGUUCAUGGCAACAAUUUGUGCAAAAAAGAGCGGAUUUUUGAAUCACUGACUAAAAUUAUUUGCGGAACUACUGAAAAUAAAUAUCCAGAAGAAGUUAUAUACUGUUUUGUCAGGACAAGAACGUAUAUGCGUAUUAAGUAUUUGAACAUGAAAUAUUUUAACGAACAAGACCAAAAAUGCAAAGAAAGAAAUAAGAUGAGGAAAACUACCCUCUAAGAUUUUUAGUGUGAUAGUGUCCACUUUCCUUCACCAUAAUAUGUAUGUUCAUAAUUUAUUUACGAUGUUUUUUAAUUACUAUAUUUAAGAAAAGCAUUUAUUGUGAAUAUCGCAGCAAUUAUGUAGGGCUUAAGGUAUUUAUUGUAUUCCAAAUAUUGAGUAUGUCAUUUUUAUUGCCUUUAUUAAAAAUCUUAUAUAUAAAAUUCUCGUGUCACAGUUUUCGUUGCCAUACUCCUCCGAAACGGCUUGACCGAUUUUGAUGAAAUUUUUUGUGCUUAUCCGGUAUCUAUGAGAAUCGGCCAACAUCUAUUUUUCAUCCCCCUAAAUGUUAGGGGUAGUCCACCCCUAAUUUUUAUUUUUUAUUUUUUAGACAAAAUUUUUAAUUUCUAUUUUUUUAUGAUACAACAUACAAAAAUACAUACAAUCCUAAAUUUUCACCCUUAUAUCACCAACCCAUAAUUUUUAAUAUAAUUUUAUAUUUUUCAACCCCGGUCGAUAGCUGAUCAAUUAACACUUGAUCAACCUUCCCCGCCUACAGCGAGCUCAUUACCUGGAUUAACACAUAGACCACAUAUUUAUAUGAAAUUCCACCCCUUAGGGAGUGAAAAAGUGAUAAUUUCAUUUUAUAACAGAAAAAAUUAUAGGUCAUAGACAUACAAAUAGUGAGUGAGUGUCAGUUCUUUAUGUCUGCCACACGAUCAUACACAUAGAAAGGUCUGGAAAAUUCAUAUUUUUCUCCUUGGUGAGACCAGCCCGCUUAGUGGAGCUAGCAGCGGCUAGCAAAAUAAAGGCGCUCAUAACAGUUUUGUUCUUAACUUCGUCAAUAAAUAGAGUUAGUUGCCUUGAAUUUUAAACGCACCAUCGUUUGAUGCGUUUGUCAUGUCUUUAAUUUUCGUUUGUUUGUGCCGUAUGUGUUCAUAUACCAUUCAUCCGAUUGCGAUGAAAUUUUGGUGAGUUAUUACGCGCAUGCCCGUGAAGGUUUCUGAGACGGUAUAACUAUUUUGCAAUAGUUGGAGCACAUAUCGUUUCAAAAAAUGUGUUUUUUUUUUUCAUAUUAUUAGCAGCACUUCGUCUGUUUUUGUUGUAUAAGUGCGCACGCAUGACACAAUUUAUUUAAAUAUAAAAGAGAGACAGAGAUAUAGUGAUAUAUAUAUAGAGUGAGAUAGAGACGGAGAGAUAAGUUGAGAUAGAGCGAGGUAAAGAGAAUGAAAUGGGUUAGAUAAAGAGAUAUAUAGAUGAGCUAUAUAGAGUUUUAUAUAUAGAAGAUAUAGUGGGAGGUAUAUAUGUAUAUAUGUAGAUAUAAAGAGAUAAAUAUAGAUAGAGAGAUACAUUGAUAUAUAUAUAUAUAUAUAUGUAGAUAGAGAUAAAUAUAUUUAUUUAUAGAGAUGGAUAGAUGAUUUGUAUAUGUGUAACUACUUCAAACAUAUUACAAAGCAAAACUGAAUGAGGCAUUGCAAUGCAUGCCGAGCAUUAGCUAGAUAAUGGAAUCUUUUCAAUAUUAGUAAUCUCUUAUUUUCAAGCUUUUUUUCUAUAGUGCUUUAUAGAGUCUAGACUACAUACAGACUACCAAUUUUUAGAUAUAUAUGGGUAAAUAACUAUACACUGGCAGAACGUCUGUCGGGAUCUAAAAGUGAUAUAAAUUAUUUUGCACAGUUGACAUUCAAAUUAAGAAGACAAUUACUAACUACAUCUUAUUUCGAAAAAGGUACCCUUCACCCUGUGUUCAGCCCAGGCAACGCCGGGUACAGCAGCUAGAAAUUCCCUAAAAAUAAUUUAUAUGGCAAAACAACGUUUGCCGGGUCAGCUAGUAACAUAUAUAUAUAAACAAUGUAACAAAAUUGCGAUAUUUUUGUAUUGCUAUUGCAAUUUCGUUUCUUGUAAACAUUAUUGUAGACUUUUUCAUAUUGAAAUUAAAUUUGCUAUAGGGUUGUUUGUAUUUUAAUUUUACAGUUAUAAGAUUUUUUAUAUGUUGUUUACUGUUUACAAACAUUUGAAAAAUAUUUCCUUAACCAUAUUUCCAUUUCCAUGGCAAUAGUCUUGUUAGCUUUUCGGGUAACUCUUCUACAUGGAUGAUAAGAUGGUGCGACUUCUAAAACAUAUCACACCACCUUUACAUAACUAUAAAACUAAGAGGUGUUUUCUUUACAUAAUAUUAAAGCACAAUGUUUCCUUGUGGCGUAGGUGAUUUAGAAUUUCCAUUUAUCUAGAAAAAUGGGCUUUCAGAAUUUUUUUUAACACACAGUGUUUGGGAAGGUUUUUGAAGAAAAAAAUUGACUACGUGUUUUAUUUUUUUGCAGCUGAAUUCGGGCACUUGCAUGAAAUUUAAUUAAUCCGUAGGAAGCGCAAUGGUUUAAAGUAUUGAUGUUGAAGAUUUGAAAAGAUUUAUUGAAAUAGUGUGAGAGAAUGAGCGAGUUGAGUGAGAAGAGUGCGGGAGUGGCCACAUGACGUCUGCGCAGUUGCGGACAAAAAAUAAUCCAUUCCGCCUCCCCAUGGCGAAGGAUGAGUGAAAGAGAAACCUGAUAAACCUUCCCCUCCUCCGGGCACGAUAGAACCUUAUCGGCUGUGUGUUAGAGGGAGAGCGAGAUACAACCUUCGAGGUUUUGUUAGUUCCUGCUAGAUGGCAGGCCGCAGAGCGACCACCAGCGACACCCUUCCCGUAUGAAGGCCAUCUCGCCACUGACGAGCUGGAACUAAGCUCCUGACCUCCCUACAUAGUAACGGUCACCCACAUAGGCAUCUAGACUCUUUAGUGGUCAUAUGAUACAAAAUUCAUUGUUUUCGGGCCUGUGACCGUUUUUUACCGUGCACCAAUCGCCUUAAGUACAGCUUUGUAUGGUAUCAUGAGAUUACUGUCACGAGAGCGUGAUAGUAACUACCGCGUGGCCUAAUGAGAGACCAGUGUGAAGUAGCUGUUGUGUGGUAGCAACUGUCGAGAGAGUCUCUCGUCUGAAAGAGGCUAGAUACAAGGUGUCUAGGCUGUGACAAGUUGAUACAUUGCAGACGCUAAACUUGUGUCGCUGAUAAGAUUUGCCAGGCACUCGAGAUACUGUCUUGUCCGCCUGGACGGGGUCGGAUAACUGUGUGAAAUGCAUCGUUGCACUUUGCAGCAGUUUCGGUCGUUAUCGCUAUCUCACCUAUUCAUUUCCCUUCCUGUUCUCGACGUUUACAUGGAACAUAGAGAUGGAAAAUCUCGGCGAAAUCGGACCAUGUGGUGUUGAAUAACUGAUAAAGCAAUAUAACAACAUUAAUAUGAAAAAAAAAUAUUUAAUCCGUUUUGGUUUAAAGUUAUCAUACUCCUAAACAUGGGAAAACAUCUGUAGGAUUCCCAGGUAGAGCCUGCUUGAUAACAUUUAUCAUUCCCAUUUCACAGUUACGAUCUGCAAGCUCAAGUGGACCCUCUGAGACUUUUUGAUUAGGGAGAGGGGGGUUGCUACCCCCACAGGUUCUACGCCCAUAACUCUAAACAUUAGUCUAAAAACUUUUAUUAGAAAAGUUUCUUUGAUAACACCUGUUAUUAACUCAACAUAUUAGCUGCGAAAUUAUUAAUUUGUGCUGUAAAAACUGAAGGAGCCAGUGCUGCAAACUCAUUAUCAGUAGUAAGUACCUUAUCUGGUAUGUAAUGUCAUUGAAUGAGUAUGAUAGAGUCUUCGCUUAUAUAAUGAGCUUAUUUUUAACACGAUUUUAUUAGCUUCACUAUGCAUUAACAUUAAAAUUAAGCUUAUACUUAAAUUAAAAGAUUAUUUUUUACUUUUUAGUUCAUACAGCAUGAAAAACCUAUUUUUUUUUUUAUAUUUUGAAACAUAUAAUUUUAUUUACUAACAGUGGUUUUAAAUACUCUGGUAAAGCCAAAUACAGUGAAAAAAUAGUAAAUGUCUUUGUUAAACUUAUGGAAGUAAUUUAAAACAUACAUUAGAGACGUGAUUUAAACAUCUCUUUCGUAAAUAACAUAUUUAUAUUUGACGAGUUGUUUAUACAUAACCUGAAAUUUGAAAUUUAUUGAAAUUAUGUUAUUUUGCUGUACAUUUCGGAGGCAUUUAAAAGCUUCAUAACUUCACAUGGCUAAAUGAUUUUGGAGCAUUUUACGUGAAAGUCACGUGACAUGUUACGCAUACAUUUUCGUAAAUUUAUGCAGAGUAGUUUUUUUUAUAGAGUUUAUGAACUCGUAGGUUUGAAUUACGGACAGUUAUUGGCAAUUAAUUGGAAAAGUGGGAACAUUUAGAGGAAUAACGUCUCAACGUGGUGUGAAAUCGAAUCAUACUCAUCUCCCCAGACAGCGCAGUGUGUCUUAUUACCUCUUCACCAAGCAGUCGUGGAAUCACGAUUGAGGAUAGUGGUUGGUUACUGCCGUGCCAUAACUGCCCUAACAAAUUGCGGUCUUCCUGCACCAUAUAAGGAUUUUUUUCUCGUUAUCUCUCUCCCGUUUUCCACAGCAUUUUUCACACUUUCAUGUGAUUUAUUUAAUUAGUAGUUUGUAUUCAAUCUUAUGAAUUUGGAAAUGCCAUUGUCAUACGGGGACGAUUGUUGCUUGAAUUAUAAAUCGUGAUGUGCAGUACCUUUAGGCACUCGUACAGAGCUAAAAUUGUGCAGGUUAAUAAAUGGACAAGUACUUUACUUAGUUUCAAGUCACGACUGUUGAAGUCGGUCUUAGGACGGUAUUCCAAGACGUUCGGGGAAGGUAGAGAUUAAGCACAGUUUCCCUCUGCUGUGUUUUGAACUUAGUACUACCCAUACUCUUGCUUUUGCACCAUGCAUUUUUUAUUCUGCUACGGAGCCACAGCUAACAAUGAAAGGAAACUAUGUGAAUUCAAUGGUGUUACCCUAAUUUUCUCAAGUAAUUUUUAAUUUGCGAUUAUUUAUUGUUAUAGCAUUAAAGUGAUACAUAUGUAUUCCAGGAUAGUUUAGCUAUCAUAAAGUUUAAUUUGGCACACCAAUACGCUAGGUACCUGAUGUUAACGAAAAUGAAUAUAUACUAGUUAAUUCCAGACGCAAGUCCGCCAUUUGGACUAAAUCACCGAAGAAGUGAGCUCUGCACAUGCGCGGAAGUUUGGGCAACAGAUAGGUCACGGAUAGUAGGGGCAGGCAUUUUUCGUUAAAUGAUACUGCAACAAGGUAUACCCGCACCAGCGGUUUCUUCCUUGUGAUUGGCGGCCGUCUGCGAGAGAAGUCGUUCCUUAUUUGACCGAGCCACUCAGAAAGCAUUUACUUCCGCACUGAAUCACUGUGAUUGGUGUUGUUACAAUCGAAAUGUACCUGGGAGAAACUCACCCAAUCACGAAACACAGACGAUGCUAUAGUGUUUUAACUUUCAUCUAUUCUCGAAAUCUUUUCGCGAAAUCUGCAUGCCCCUACGGAUAGGGCACCGAAAUCCGUUCCUUAAAAAUAAGGGACUGGCCGUGUCCAAUCUAAGGGUGUGGGAGCGGUUUUGUGCACUUGUAAUACGGUUAUGGUACAGGUGUAGCUUAGUGAACACCUAAACCCUUAUUUUUGUGUCGUGGAAUACCGGCCUUAGUGGGUGACACCUCGGGGUUUUGUGCAGAAGCAGGCAGACGAUAAGCAGCGUUCGUGACGCUGCGUCAUCAGAGAUUGUGCUCACGUCCUUGCCUCGGACGUUGUACCUCCCAGCCCUCGAACUUGGCGUUAUCUAGCCUGAGCGGGCGAUAACGGUUAGCCGUAUCGCAACCAUCAGCUCGCCAGGUGCGAGCUCUGGUCGGGAGGCGAGAAGCUACUACCGGAGGGUGGUCAUGCGCGCAUUCCUGCCUGGACGCUACGCUUGCGGGACACCCAAAACAGUGGGCGAAGACCGGUAUUCCGAGGAUUUAGGUGUUAGGAUGUUUAGUACUUCGCUACAAUGGACGAAUUUCCAAAGCUGUUGCACGUACCCGUUCGAACACAGAAGCGGCAGAUUUCACUGGCCCGCUAUGGCCCGUUCUACAAUGGCACGGAAACUGAGACGGAUCACGUAAACGGGGACGGAUCAUACGGAACAUUUCACUAUCGCGUCUGCUCCACAAUGCACGGAAACGUAACAAAAAAACGACCAAUGAGAUUGCAUUUUAAGAUUACGAAAUAUUAAUUUAUUAAAUUAUGCUUCGAGAUCAUAGCACGGGCAGAUUUUACGUAGCCUAUAUAACAAAAAUAAACGACAAAUUAAUAACAGGCACUAGAUAUUCUUGUACUUAAAGCAAUUUUCAGCUUAAUUAGAACCUAGACUUACAUGGCUACCACCGCAGCUAACGUAAACGUAAGAGCUCAGCAUUGCCGAGCUAAUGCGUACGGGUUCGUCUCCGCCUGCGUGCUGUUGUAGAAUCUCUGUUCCGGGAGAUCCGUCUCUGUUUACGUGCCGUUGUAGAAGGCCUAAGUUAAACAUUGCAGUUGUCAGGAGACUACGACCGCCACACCGAGCGAAGAGAAGUUGUGGAGCAGCGAUUUAACAUUGAGCUGGCCUUCGGUACGAUCCUGGUUGGAAUCCUGACUUCCAUUACUGGAAACCACUCCAUGGCCGAGUACUUACCUCGCUCCCUUUGCGCUGUUGCGGGUCGUCCAGACUGUCAGAAUAAUUGCGUCGUUGAAUAUUGUCGCCAACUUCACUGGGCGAAUACUAUACGUUGUUCAAUUGAUUUAUGACAGUGAUUAAAAAAAUAUAUAUUAGUUAUACUGAGGAUGGAGGGAUGGAGGGGCGAGAGGAAGACGCAUCCGGUACAGUCGUGGCCGUCUGCGAGGUCCAUUGUUGACGUGUGCGUGGCGGUCUGCGAAUGUGAAGCGCUCUGC